GAGGCUCCGGGGCAACUGCUGCUGUCACCUGUUAGUGGGUCGUAGAGUCCAUUUUAAAACUCUAGGGGAAAAAAACCCAUAUAUGUGUAUGUAUGUGUGUAUACAUAUACAUAUAUAUAUAUAUAUGUAUAUGUAUACGUAUAUGUACGUGUGUAUACAUACAUAGAGAGAGGGAGGGAGAGAGAAGGACCAGGAAAGAAGAUAUUGGAGCAUAUCGCAUAGGGAGGGUAAGAACCCUUUUGUGAAGCUUUAGUUUCAGUUGUGUGUGUUGUGGAGUGUGCGAGUAGGUGUGCACGGGCAAGUGUGUUGGGUCACGAUGUAAACACAGAGCUUAGUGAUUCAGCCAGUUCAGGUACUGUUGCAGCUUUACUGAUUGCGCAAAUACUGAAAUACUUCUGUAAUUACUUGGUGCGUCCCUUCCCGGUCUCUGAGUGAUCCCUCUCCUCCUCUGGGGUCACUCGUGAUCCAGCAGCCCGGGAGUUCAUGCCGGGCAGGGGUGACGGUCCCUGCUGCCUUUGCCUUCGUGGGUGCUAAAUAUUUUGAGUAUCGCCUUGGUAAAAUAUAUUUCUUACUUGGAUCGUAGCUAAUAAAGUUGGAAAAGUGCUGGGGCAGGGGAGAGAGCUCUGGGUCCCGACACAGGACAGACACAACGGAUUCUGGCCGGGUCUGUGCCUUUGAUAGCGCUCGCCUGCUGUGCAACUUUGCCUGACUCCCCAGCCUCUCAGAGCCCUGCUUCUUCAUGUGGAAAAUGGGAAUGGUCAUGUUUGUCCUGCCUACUUCACAGCUGUCUCAUAAGGAGAGCUCCCGUGUCUUGUGCUGCACGCUGGGGACAUAGCACGGUAUUGAUGGGAUGAAUGUGGGUUUUAUCUUUCGGUAAAGGCCUGGGUUCAAAUUUAGACUCUUUCUGCUAGCUCUGUGAGUUUGCGCAAGUUGCUUUCCCACGCUGAGCCGGUGCCCACAGUUAGGAAAUGUGCUAAUCAUAAUUCCUCCCUCAUAAAGCUGCUGUGAGGAUUAAGUGAGGUAAGAGACAAUAAGGUACUCAGUGAAUGCUCCAUAAAUUGUAGUCACACCACUACCGACAGAGAGGAAUAAGCAGAGAGCCUGGUCUGCCGUCAGAGCUCAAAAACGUUUGCUGAAAUAAAAGGAGGACGUUGUUCUUAAGGGUCCGUAAGUCUAGAGCUGUGCAGUCCAACAAGGAAGCCACUAGCCACAUGUGGCUGGCGGCUUCUGUGGUGGAGAGUGCAGGUACAGAACAUGCCAUCGUCACAGGAGAUCUGUGGGAGGGUGCCCUCGAGGGUGGGGUGAAAGUGGAAAUACUGGUGAAGAGCACCAGGGCUGGUUGUUACUGUCACUAGAAAUGGGCUCCUCCCCUGUGGGGACACAGUGUUCCCACUUGCUUAGGGUAACUCAGUCCAAGUUGUACAGCCUGUUUUCUGAAAGUUGAGAAUAGUGAAGUAGUUAAGAGCAUGCGCCACACUGCCUGGGUCCGGACCCUGCCUCCUCCACUUGCUGAGCAAGCUACUUGGACUGUCGGGGGCUUAAUGCAUUUAUCGGAUCGGGGUGAUAAUAGCAUUGUCUCACGGGGUCGUUGUGAAAAGUGGGCGUACGCAAAAUGCUUACAACAGUGCCUGUUAUGGGGUACACCUUGGUACUCCGGUAGCUACUGUCAUUAUCUACAUUUUGCAGAUGGGAAGAUAGGCCCAGAGAGGUUACUAACUUGCCAAGGUCACGUGGCUCAUAAGUGGCAAAGAAAGGAUUCACACACUCUCCUUUUCUGCCUGCCAGAGAGGAGGGACCCCAACCUCCAAGAGAGGUACCGGGUGGGACUGAACCGAAUUGCUGCCAAGGAGGUGCCCAUUGAGAUCAAGCUGGUAAACCCACCGAUCCUGAGCCAGCUGCAGAGCAAGGAGCCCAAACAGAUGUUCUGGGUGCGAGCCCGGGGCCAUAUUGGGGAGGGCGACAUGAAGAUGCAUUGCUGUGUGGCUGCCUACAUCUCGGACUAUGCCUUCCUGGGCACAGCACUGCUGCCCCACCAGUGGCAGUGUAACGUGCACUUCAUGGUCUCUUUGGACCACUCCAUGUGGUUCCACAACCCCUUCCGAGCUGACCACUGGAUGCUCUAUGAAUGCGAGAGCCCCUGGGCUGGUGGCUCCCGGGGGCUGGUCCAAGGGCGGCUGUGGCGUCGGGACGGCAUCCUGGCUGUGUCCUGUGCUCAAGAGGGCGUGAUCCGAGUGCAGUCCCGGGUCUCAGAGAGCAAGCUGUAGCCAGAGGUACCAGCUUGGCCUGGGGCUUCUCCCCCAAUUCCUGAGGCAGGAAUUACAGUCAAGGUCUGGGCCUUCUGUCCCCAAACCCAAUAAAGAGACUAAUACCACUGGA